AUGGUUGUGGGUAAACCUUAUAAAUCACAGAAUUCAACCUUGGAAAUCAUCAUUACUGCUAUAACAUUAGGACCAACUGUCUAUGCAUUUAUUGUAUUUGAAGUUGAAGCAAAUGAAGCAAAUGAGCAAAUACAUGAUAAAGAAUCAGAAAUUAAACAUUAUAUAUCUAUAGGGGCAUUAGUAUUUUCAUUGGAAUUUGGCUAUCUGCUUCUGGCUGAGUUGGCUUGA